AUGGUGCAUGUUAGCUUCUACCGCAACUAUGGGAAGACUUUCAAGAAGCCAAGGCGUCCGUAUGAGAAGGAGCGCCUAGAUGCUGAGCUGAAGCUGGUUGGUGAGUAUGGGCUGCGGUGCAAGCGUGAGCUGUGGCGCGUGCAGUAUGCCCUGAGCCGAAUCAGAAAUGCAGCCAGGGAGCUGCUCACCCUGGAUGAGAAGAACCCACGCCGUAUCUUUGAGGGUGAGGCGCUCCUCCGCCGCAUGAACCGAUAUGGUCUCCUUGGUGAGGGACAGAACAAGCUCGAUUACGUGCUUGCCCUCACUGUUGAGAACUUCCUCCAGCGCCGCCUCCAGACCAUCGUCUUCAAGAAUGGCAUGGCCAAGUCCAUCCACCAUGCUCGUGUCCUCAUCAGGCAGCGCCACAUCAGGGUGGGAAGGCAGCUUGUCAACAUCCCCUCGUUCAUGGUCAGGGUUGAAUCAGAGAAGCACAUCGACUUCUCCCUCACCAGCCCUCUCGGCGGCGGUCCUGCUGGAAGGGUGAAGCGGAAGAACAGAAGAAGGCCUCAGGCGGCGGCGGUGAUGGUGAGGAGGACGAUGAGUAGUGCCAUGUAG